GAGCGGCUCAUAAGAAAAGUGGGAACAAUGUGGCAACUGAAAGUGUGAUCUCACUCUAAUUUUUUUGAACCCAGAAAGCGAACAAUAUGUUGUUACUUUUACAUGAGCAGACAGUCACUUGCAUAAUGACUAUUCCUGAUGAAGUAUUUGAUCUUGUCUCAAAGGUUUCGAAUGGAAAUGGAAAUAUGGAGGAUUAUGAACGCAUUUGUUUGAUUUUAUCUAAUCUGACAGCUACAGAACUGAGUUCUGUUUUUCAAAAAUGUGAUAUUUUAAAAGCAUUAAUGUCAAUUGAUUUACAUGACAAACAGUCUGCUCAAAUUGCAAUUAAAUUAGCUUCCAUUGUAUUCUCCCUCAUACCUUUAUUUGGUUUUGUUCAAUCUCACCAAGAAGAAUUGCUUUUAAUACUUGAAUCGACGAAACUCGAUUUGAUUGAAUUCAUUUUGAAAAGGCUAAGAGAUGGUUUAGUUGAACCUAGUUGUUCAGUAUACAAUAUACCGGAACGCAUUUUAAUGUCAAUAGCUAGAUUAGUUCUUCAUGACAAACUGUCUUUAUCUAUGGAAGCCCAAAAUUUCCUGAUAACUUUGGCUACGAAAUGUCCACUUGGUUUAAAAAGCGUUUUAGGGCCCAAUGUAGUCGGUACAUUAAAUCCUCCGUGUUCUAAAUCUGAGCAUUUAAUAAGAGUUUCUGAAUUUGCCGUACAGCUAGUUUCCAAACAACCUGAAGUGUUCAAGGAUGUUGAAAAUUCUGGUUUGUUUCAACCUAUUUUGGAUGGUUUAAAUUCAAGAGAUCCUCUAGUCCGCUUGAACUGGCUAGAAUUAGGGAAAUUGUUAACUAUUUCAGAGACGGGCUAUCACUUUCUGAAUAAACAAGAUGUGUUCUCUAGAUUAUUGGACGAUUUGUAUUCUUCUGUUUCGGAUCCAUUAGGUGAUUUGCUACUUCCAGGAUACAUUGGAUUUUUCGGUAGUCUUGCUAACCGAGACCCUGAUCAUUGGUUAGGGUCAAAAAGCGAUGGAAGGUUUAAGAAUAUAUUAUCAGAUGCGGUAGAUAAUAAUGCUAUCAGUAUUUCUAUGGUGGCAUUUGAAUCUAUUAGCUGUAUAGCGACCACACCAACAGGUCGGAUUACCUUAGAUAAGUUAUUUGCUAAAGGUGGCGCAUUCGAUAGUGUUUUGAACAAGCUUUUUGUAUUUAUUUCCAACUCACCAACUGAGAUAUGCACUAGAGCUGUCGAAUGCUAUAGUUUUCUUCUACGUCGACCUAAUGAGAUAGAUUCAGAAGGCUUAUUUGCCGAUGCUAUACUUUCUCUUAACUGGGCAAUUAUUUCCUGUCAAAAAAGCAUUGAUAAAACAGAUUCCAAUUCAGUCGAAGAUAAAGAAUUAUUGAUUGCUCCACUACUGAAACGCCUUUAUUCUCUUGCAACCCAACCAUUUUUUGAGGUGCGUGUAGCAGUAUUCAAGGCUAUCGAUGCGAUUGCAACACAACCAACGCUUACAACACAUAUCCAUACCGCAAAUACAACUUAGACAGCUACUAUAUCCAUGCGCAGAAAAUGUCCACUUCCAAUUUCAUGGUAAUUUAUACCGUCAAGAAGACGGUCUGGCUAUGGGAAUCCUUUCAGCACCAGUCGUAGCUGUUAUAUUCAUUUUAAAUAUAUAAGAACCAAAAUUAAUGUCCUCUAUCAACGAGAUUGGACUUUAUGUAAAGUGUGUUGGUGAUACUUUCGUGUUGUUCAACGGCAUAAAUCACGCAAGCCAAAUACUUGAAACUUUGAACUAAGUCCAUUCCAGCAUCCAAUUCACAUUGGCACAUAAGAGAAUAAAUGUUCCAUACCCUAGAUCUAAGUAUCUCUCGGGGAAAUGACGGGACUUGUCAAAGAUAAAUAUAUCGAAUUUAGAGCGUGGAGUGGGCAAUACUUUCAUGGCUUUUGUUCUUCAAGUUAUAAAUACGGAUACAAAUUUAAGUUACUCAUCUUGCACUGCUUUGUACACCUAUCACCUUUUUCUUUGUGUGAAUAGCCCUGGGGAGUUCGACAAAUAACACGACAACCCGGAUUUUUCGAAUAUUUGCUUAAUCGUCAAACGGAACUCGGACUUCCAGAUAAAAUACAACUUAUGCAAGCCAAAUUAGAUAUUAUGAACAAUAUGCUGAAAACAUACAAAGUAUGGAGUUGUAGUGAAUAUAAAUCAUUCCAGAAUUUGGUUGACAGACAACAGUUAAAACUAAUACAGCUUUAUAUAAAAGAAGGAUUGUGGGGUGUUGUAAAAUCUGAGGCUGCAGUGGCUCUUGAACCUGGUUAAUUAAUUGAUAAUGCCGAGAAUGUAAAAGAUAUAUGUAAACAUCUUUUUCUUCUUUUUUGUUGGUUGGCUACUUAGUUGUUGUAAUUUUUAACUUCUAGUGAUAUUAUUCACACAUCAAUUCUUUAAAUUUUUUACAUAAAAUGACUAGCUAGUAAGCGCU